AGGCUGCUGUUGCUGACACUCUUUCUCGGGGCGCGCCCAGGUGUCCAGGCGGAGCUGCACGUGACGGUGCCGCCCCUGGUGGAGGUGAUGCGAGGAGAUCCCGUGAAGCUGGACUGCACGCCGUCGGGAGUCCAAGAGCACUACUUACUGGAAUGGUUGCUGACAGACCGCUCUGGCACCCGCCACCUCCUGGCCUCGGCCCAGCUGCAGGGCGGCCAGCUACAGAGCACCAUGCACAACCCCCGGGGCCGCAGCCCCCCCUACCAGCUGGACCCCCGGGGACGCCUGGUGCUGGCCGAGGCCCAGGUAGCCGAUGAGAAGGAUUACGUGUGCGUGGUGAAGGCUGGGGCAGCACGCACCGCCGAAGCCACCAGCCGGCUCCGAGUCUUUGCCAAGCCAGAGCCCACAGAGGUAGAGCCCAACAAAGGGAUACUAUCUGUGAUGGAGGACUCUGCCCAGGAGAUCGCCACCUGCCUCAGUCGGAAUGGGAACCCAGUCCCCCAGAUCACGUGGUAUCGGGACGGGCAGCGCCUGAAGGUGCCCUCGGAGGUGAACCCGGACGGCUACACGGCCAGCCGGACCACUCGGGAGGCCUCGGGCCUGCAGUCCUUGACCAGCGUGCUCUACCUGCGGCUCCACAAGGCGGACCGGGACGCCAACUUCCACUGCACCGCCCAGUAUAGCCAGCCCAAGAACCGCCAGGGCCGCCUGGACAGCCCUGCCUUCAGCCUCACCCUGCACUACCCCACGGAGAACGUACAGUUCUGGCUGGCCAGUCCCUCCACCACUGAAGGCUGGGUACGAGAGGGGGACACGGUCCAGAUGCUCUGCCGAGGGGACGGGAGCCCCAGCCCUGAGUAUACUUUUUUCCACCUGCAGGACCAGCAGGAGAAAGUGCUAAAGACCAACCUGAACGGGAACCUGACCCUGGAGAAGGUGCAGCGGAACCAGAGCACCACGUACGGCUGCCGGGUGGAGGACUACGAUGUCCCCGAGGACACUGAGCUCUCCCAGACGCUGCAGCUGCGAGUGGCCUACCUGGACCCCCUGAAGCUCAGCGUGGGAGAGCAGCUGUCCCUGCAGCUGGGCAGCAACGAGAGUGUGGACUGCUCUGUGCAAGGCCUGCCCGCCCCGACCCUACGCUGGACCAAGGACGGGGCCCCCCUGGGGGACGGCCGCACGUUGUCACUCAAUUCUGUCACCUUUGACUCCGCCGGCACCUACACCUGUGAGGCUUCCGUGUCCACGGUGCCCCUGCUGAGCCGCACGCAGGCCUUCAAGCUGCACGUCCAAGGGUCACCAGAGCUGAUGGCAGAGGAGACCCCGUCCAAGGCAGAGGGCUGGCAGGAAGGGGAAGAAGUCACGCUGACCUGCGCUGCCCGCGGUGACCCAGAGCCCAAACUCACCUGGAGCCAGCUGGGCGGCAGUCCAGCAGAGCCAGGCCCCGGAGGGCAGGGUUGGGUGAGCAGUUCCCUGACCCUGAAGGUGACCAGCGCCCUGAGCCGAGACGGGGUCUUCUGUGAGGCCUCCAAUCCCUACGGGAACCCCCGCCAUGUCUUUCACUUCGGUUCUGUGGCCCCCCAGACUGCCCAGGCGGGAGUAGCGGUCAUGGCCGUGGCCAUCAGCGUGGGCCUCCUGCUCCUGGUCGUAGCUGCCUUCUACUGCAUGAGACGCAAGGGACGCCCUGGCUGCUGCCGGCGUGGAGAGAAAGGAGCCCCGCCACCUGGGGAGCCGGGACGCAGCCACUCAGGGUCCGAGCGCCCAGAGCAGACAGGCCUUCUCAUGGGAGGCGCCUCUGGAGGAGCCAGGGGUGGUAGCGGGGGCUUCGGAGAUGAGUGCUGAGCCCACAAACCUCCUCAAGUUGGUCACUGGACCCAGAGCUGCAGUGGGCAUCAGAGGACCAGCGGAUCAAAGGCCCUGCUCACGCCCCUCACGCCCACCCCAACUUCCUCCUCCCCUCCUUGGCCCUCCCUUCCUUCCUCCACCAGAGCAGCCUGCUGGCUGGGAGGAAGAGGGGAUGGGAGGGGGGCUUCCUCUGGGCAGUGUGACUCUCCCAGGCCCUAGAAUAGCUCCUGGACCCAAGCCCGGGGCCUGGCCUGAGACGAGGCCCCAAAGGGAGGCUCCACGGCCUGGGCUAUUUUUACCUCUUGCCUCCUUUGCUGGUCCCCCCACCUGGCGUCCUGCUGCACAGUCUGACACUGGAUCCCCACCCCCGCCCCACCCCUCAUCUGUGGACACUGGAGUCUGCAAUAAAUGCUGUCACAUGUCA